AUAGAGAAGGAUGUAGAGUAUGCCAGAGUUAGGGAUCUGAGCGGUGGAGAGAGAAAAACUUGAGCGAGGCAGGAAGAGAUAGAGACACAGGUAGACACAGGGAGAGAUGGAGUUUUAAAAGGACAGGGAAAGGUGCAGGGCGAGAUGGAGAGCAGGAGAGGGUGUCUGAGCCUGAGAUCAAGAUACAAAGUGGGGCCUUCGGAGAGAUCCCUGAGAGAAAUAAAGAGGGGGCGGCAAAGACUGAGGCGCUCAGGGGGAUAGAAAGAGACAGCAGAGGAGGAGGGCAGAAAACCCCGAUUAAUAGAGGAAAGGAUGGGGGGCAAAGGAAAAGCCUCGGAGCUGGAAAGACAGCACGAGCUAGUGAGCAGGAAGGAGGAGGCAGUGUCCUCAGCCUGGGGGGGCUGCGUGGAGGUGGACUCGGAGACCGAGGCCGUGUAUGGGAUGACCUUCAAAAUCCUGUGCAUCUCCUGCAAGCGCCGCAGUGAGACCAACGCCGAGACCUUCACCGAGUGGACUUUCCGCCAGAAGGGCACAGAGGAGUUUGUCAAGAUCCUGCGCUAUGAGAACGAGGUGCUGCAACUGGAAGAGGAUGAACGCUUUGAGGGCCGCGUGGUGUGGAAUGGCAGCCGGGGCACCAAAGACCUGCAGGACCUGUCCAUCUUCAUCACCAACGUCACCUACAACCACUCGGGCGACUACGAGUGCCACGUGUACCGCCUGCUCUUCUUUGACAACUACGAGCACAACACCAGCGUCGUCAAAAAGAUCCACCUUGAGGUGGUGGACAAAGCCAACAGAGACAUGGCGUCCAUCGUGUCCGAGAUCAUGAUGUACGUGCUCAUCGUGGUGUUGACCAUCUGGCUCGUGGCAGAGAUGGUUUACUGCUACAAGAAGAUUGCCGCUGCCACGGAGGCUGCCGCACAAGAAAAUGCCUCGGAAUACUUGGCCAUCACCUCAGAAAGCAAAGAGAACUGUACGGGUGUCCAGGUGGCCGAAUAGCCCCGGCCCUGGGCUCCGCCUCAAGGAAGAGCCAGCCCUAACGGGGGAACAUCCAGGCGAGGUCUGCCCCCGAUGGGGGUUGGCCAUUCCUGGGCCUCCACAAGCCUCAGAGUCCUGCCAACGGAGCCUCCAGGGUGGGAGGGGGCAGGGGGCUUGGCUCACACCCCUAAUCCAGCCUUCUUCCUCCUGCCCCAUCACCCACCUGCGCCAUGCAUGAUGGCUAAAGCAAUACUGCCGCUGCCCCCUACCCCUGCUUCUGCUGCCUGUUUGGGGGGGGGGGGCGGUGAGGUGGGGGCAGCGGCUCCGCACCCCUCCUUCUUGCUGAUUUGCACACACUGGCCGCUUCGGACACGCACUAACAGGGGCCCAGCGCCUCCCUGCCCCCUCCCCGCCCAGUGGGGCUUGUGAUGGCUGGAACGGUUCGGGGCAGGGGGUUCCUGGACCCCGCCCCCCCACUCCCCUCCAACCCCUGGUGCCAUUUCCCCUCCUGCUUCCUCUGGCUGGACCUGGGGUCUCCUCUCCCUGCGACGCGCUCUCACCCAAGCCCAACCCACCCUCUCUCACCAGCCUUGGAUUGUGGCCACUUAGAAAGGGGCCCAUUCAGCCUCGUCUCUCUUUACACAAGUAGUUUUGUUCAUGAAAUAAAGAUUCUUGGACUUGA